CACACCCAAUAGCUUUCUGCGGCGGACUUGGUCGACCAAAGGUCCUAUUCUGUAGCUUGCAGUGGUUGCUUACCGCUGGAAUAAGCCCUAGGAAUAGGGGCCCCGACUGCUGCUAGCGGAGGUUUGGCGUGAAGGAGAAGUCUUAAAGAGGGAUACAUCUGUCAGGUUUUCUUGUUCCCUAUGGAAGCAGCUAUGAAGGCCGCGGCUAGGACAAGCCGGGUAACCUGCGCCCGGCCAGGAUCGCAAGUGCUUCCUCAAUGCAGUCGCGGUCCGAAGAAAUAUGCCGUCUUCGCCGCGCCUCCGGAAGCUGCUUCGACUGCCCCCGCACCUGCAGAGUACAAGAUGUCCGGCGUGCCGCCACCCGUGCCUGGCAACUUCACGGCAGCAAGUAACAUUGUACCGAGCAUUGCCCUCGCCAAGGACGGCACUACCGCUCCAAGCAAGUCCAAGAAGGCCCCGAUGGAUGGGAACGAGUCUACUGCCCAGAUUGCGUAUGCUGUCUCGGAUGUUUCGUUCAUCUACCCUAUUACUCCAUCGACAAACAUGGGCGAAUUUGCGGAUCAAUGGGCGUCAGAGGGGCGCCAAAACGUGUUUGGAAAUGUCAUGCGUGUGACAGAAAUGGAGAGCGAGACGGGCGCUGCGGGUGCUCUUCACGGGGCUCUUGCCGCCGGCAGCCUGGCCACCUCCUUCACCUGCUCCCAGGGUCUGCUCCUGAUGGUGCCUAACAUGUACAAGAUCUCUGGCGAGCUGACACCCUGCGUGCUGCACGUGACUGCGCGCGCCAUUGCCAAGCACGCGCUGUCCAUCUUCGGCGACCACCAGGACGUCAUGGCCGUGCGCCAGACCGGGUGGGCCAUGCUGUGCAGCCACAGCGUGCAGGAGGCGCAUGACAUGGCGCUGGUGGCGCACCUGGCCACCCUGCGCGCCAGUGUGCCCUUCGUGCACUUCUUCGACGGCUUCCGAACCAGCCACGAGAUCAACACCAUUGAGACCAUCAGCAACGACACUGUUAAGGCGCUGCUGAACAAGCCGCUCUACGUGGACGCAAUCCAGCACCACCGCUCCCGCGCCCUGAACCCCACGCACCCGCACCAGCGCGGCACGGCCCAGGGCUCGGACGUGUACUUCCAGUGCGCUGAGGCCGCGAACCCCUUCUACGACCGAGCGUUUGACCACGUGGUUGCCGCCAUGGAGGAGGUGGCUGCCGUCACCGGGCGCAAGUACAAGCCGUACGAGUACUACGGUGCGGAGGACGCCGAGAAGGUGAUCGUCAUCAUGGGCAGCGGCAGCCAGGCGGUUGAGGAGGCGGUUGAGUACCUGAACGCCAACGGCCACAAGGUUGGCGUGCUCAAGGUACGGCUGUUCCGUCCGUGGAAGGCCGAGGCGUUUCUGGAGGCCCUGCCCGCCUCGGCCCGCAAGGUGUGCGUGCUGGACCGCACCAAGGAGAGCGGCUCGUACGGCGAGCCCCUCUACCUGCAGGUCGCCACCACGCUGCAUGAGGCGGAGCUUGAGGACCCCUCGCUCCCGCGGCGCUACAUUGUUGGUGGGCGCUUCGGCCUCGCUUCCAAGGAGUUCCUGCCUUCCCAUGCCGCAGCGGUGUUUGAGAACCUGGAUGCGGAGAAGCCCAUGCGCGACUUCAGCGUCGGCAUCGUGGACGACGUGACGCACCGCAGCCUGCCCGCCUCUAAGCUGCUGCCCGUGGGUGUCUCCACGCUGCCCACCGGCACCUUCGAGUGCCUGUUCUGGGGCAUGGGCAGCGACGGCACGGUGGGCGCUAACAAGGAGGCGAUCAAGAUCAUCGCCAGCAACACCAGCAUGUCUGCGCAGGCCUACUUCUCUUACGACGCGCACAAGUCGGGCGGUGUGACGGUGAGCCACCUGCGCUUCGGCCCCAGCAAGAUCCGCGCGCCGUACCUGGUGCAGCAGGCCGACUACCUGGCCAUCAACCACCAGUCCUACCUAGCAAAGUACGACACGCUCUCCGCCGUGAAGCCCGGCGGCGUCGUUGUGAUCAACACCCGCUUCACCAACGUGGAGUCGCUGUCCAACUACCUGCCCGCCAAGGUUAAGAAGCAGCUUGCCGCGCUGAAGCCGCAGCUGUACCUGAUCGACGCGCUGGCGGUGGCCAAGGCCACGGGGCUGGGCAAGCACGUCAACAUGGUCAUGCAGACCGUGUUCUUCAACCUGAGCGGCGUGCUGCCCAUGGAGCGCGCCAUCGCGCUGCUCAAGAAGUCCAUCUCCAAAGCCUACGAGCGCAAGGGACCGGAGGUCGUUGCCAAGAACCACGCAGCCGUGGACGCAGCCGUCAGCUCUCUGUGCAAGGUGGAGAUCCCCGCAUCAUGGGGAGAGCUCGAGACGGUGGCUGUGCACCCCAACCCGCCAUCCAAGGUGGCCUCCAGCAGCCGCCUGGAGUUCCUGGAGAAGGUUGCGCAGCCCAUGCUGGCGCUGGAGGGCGACAAGCUGCCCGUCAGCGUCUUUUCGCCGGAGGGCUUUGUGCCGCCUGGCACCACGGUCAUCGAGAAGCGCGCCAUCGCUGCCUCCGUCCCCAUUUGGAAGGCCGAGAACUGCACGCAGUGCAACAUCUGCUCCUUCGUGUGCCCGCACGCCGCCAUCCGCCCCUCGCUGGCCGCGCCGUCAGAGCUGGGCAGCGCGCCCGCGACCUUCAACACCAUCGACGCCAAGGGCCCCGGCAUGAAGGGCCUCAAGUACCGCAUCCAGGUGUCGCCGUACGACUGCACGGGCUGCGACCUGUGCACGCACGCAUGCCCGGACAACGCGCUGGCGGCUCAGCCCAUCAACAGCAUCUUGGAGGUGGAGAGCGUGAACUGGGACUUCGCCUCCACCCUUCCCGGCCGUACGGCGCUCAUGGACCCUGCCAGCGUCAAGGGCUCCCAGCUGCAGCCGCCGCUGAUGGAGUUCUCGGGCGCCUGCGAGGGCUGCGGCGAGACGCCGUACGUGAAGCUGCUGACGCAGCUCUUCGGCGACCGCCUGCUCAUCGCCAACGCCACGGGCUGCAGUUCCAUCUGGGGAGGCUCCGCGCCGUCCAACCCCUACACCACCAACGAGGAGGGGUUCGGCCCCGCCUGGGCCAACUCCCUGUUCGAGGACAACGCGCAGUUCGGCCUGGGCAUUGCCACCGGUGCUGCGCAGCGCCGGGAGGCCCUGCACCACCGCGUGCAGGAGGCGCUGGCGUCCGGUCUGUCCGUGAGCGCUGGACUGCGUGACGCGCUCGCCAGGUGGGCUGACCACUACCAGGAGGCCGAGGUAGCCAACGUCGUUGCCAAGGAGUUGCAGCCGCUGCUUGAACGCGAGAAGGACGCUGUCCCGUCCAUCUACGCCGAGCGUGACAUGCUGCACAAGCCCUCCACUUGGAUCGUUGGCGGCGACGGUUGGGCGUACGACAUCGGCUUCGGCGGCCUGGACCACGUGCUCGCUUCCGGAGAGAACGUCAACAUCCUGGUGCUGGACACGGAGGUGUACAGCAACACCGGCGGACAGCGCUCCAAGGCCACGCCCAUGUCGGCGGUCGCCAAGUUCGCAGCGGGUGGCAAGGAGCGGCCCAAGAAGGACCUGGGCGCCAUUGCCAUGAGCUACGGGGACGUGUACGUGGCGUCCGUGUCCCUGCACGCCAGCUACGGCCAGGUGGUGAAGGCCAUGACGGAGGCUGAGCGCUACCCGGGUGUCAGCCUCCUGCUGUGCUAUGCCCCAUGCAUCAUGCACGGCAUGACCGGUGGCAUGUGCAAUGCCAUUGACGAGAGCAAGAUGGCGGUUGAGACCGGCUACUGGCCGCUGUACAGGUACAACCCGUCGAUUAAGGAGGACCAGACGCACCACCGUUUCCAGCUGGACUCCAAGAAGAUCAAGGGCGACCUGGAGGAGCUGCUCAAGCACGAGAACCGCUUCCAGAUUCUGGCCCGCAAGGCGCCCGAGAUCGCCGAGAAGCUCCACCACGACCUGGACGACGCCGUCCAGGCCCGCCACGACCGGUUUAAGCACAUGGCUGCUGGCGACUACUCUACCCCGGGCUUUGCGCCCAGCCGCGAGGAGCCGCAGCAGGGUGACGACAAGCCCAAGGAGGGUGGCUGCUGCGGAAACUGCGGAAAGUGAAAUAAGAUCUGUGAUAAUUUAUUGCAUGUGCAUGCCGCUAGAGGCUAAAUGCAGCUGAGGCUUUGGUGCCCUUGUCAUUAUUCUUUCCGCCCGAUCUUCUUUAUCAGAGAACUUGAGGAAUUGAGGCAUGGCUGUCCAUUCGUGCCUGCCACCGUGAGCCGGAUACGUUUGUUUAGGGGUUAGUUAUGCAUGUCGUGUGCACAAUUCUUUUGUACUUGAGCGAGGGUACAGUAGCGCCGGUGGGGUAUAUUUUUUGUGUAUCUUAGCAGCAUGCGGUUUCUUGCGAUGUGAUGUUGAAUAAUUCUGCAUCAUUCCUUGCGUGAGUCCCAUGGGUAACUGCUGGCGUGCGCAUUGCAUUGAGUGUGGCACUACGGCUGGUUUCAAAAAUUGUACGGUAUCCGUUGAGGUGCUGAUCGUGUUGGUUAUCUUCCCCGUACCCCACUUUGGGGCAGCAUGCGCGCAAACUGUAUGUAGGAGCGGUUACUGUAGCGUUAAAAUCUUGGUAAAAGAUGUUCAGACGUCUAUGCUUUGUAACAUGCGUUGUUGG